AUGAUCACGGUCGGCGCUCCAGUCAGUAAGUACGCUGAAGCGAUCGCUGAAGCUCUAGCAGUCAUUCACUGGGAAUCAAACGUCGACGGCUUCGACAUUGAGUUCGUUCUUGGCAGCGAGCCACUCACCCUAAAAGAGAAGCCGCCUUUCACGAUGCCGCAAGGGCCAGAGGAUUCUACUGAUUUGGAGACAUGCGAGACUAUCGACCAAGUUAAUUUCGAUUCCUAUCAACGCACUAUUCGUCUGUGGGUACUGGACUUCAACUUAUGUAAUUGCUGGGAGGAGAAAGCCGGCUGGGAGAAUCCCGAGAUGCUGGUUGAUCACUUGGUCUUUGCAUUCUUUGAGAAUGACCCGUAUUACCCGCUGCCUCUGGCUGAGCAGGAUUUAGACCGCGAACUAUGGUCCACGUUUCGUGGCGCAUACUUGAAGAAAGCAUCCGAGGUUUUGAAGCCAAAGGACAAGCGACUCCACGAGCUUCCUAUAAAGUUCAUGGAUGCCUGCGUGGAACGUGAAAGGCAGAAGUUAGCAGAGGACCGGGGACACGGCUCGAGAGAUCACAAGCAGUAA